AAAAAACCUUUGGAGUCUUACGGGUUUCUCUUCUUGUGUUUGUUUUGUUAGGAAGGGUUUGCAAAGCCAAACGUAGGAGAACAAUUGCAGCAUCUUGGAGGAUGACGGAGCUGUAGAGCACGUUUGCUUCAUACACACACAAGUCGGGUGGAGGAGUUGUAAAUAAAGUCUGUGUGUGUAUCUACCGCAAAUGUCGAAGCCUCCCUCCUCUUCCCACCAACAUGACACUCACUCAAGAGAAAACAGUAAAACAUCAACAGAGAUGGAUGAUCCAGAGAAGGCGAUGGUUACAAUCUCACGUCUGGUGGAGCAGCUUCACUCGAAGAAGUCAUCUUCCUCGGAGAGGGAGCUCAGUACGGCUCGUCUACUCGGUCUGGUCAAAGGCAAGAGAGAAUGCCGAAGGGCGAUCGCUCAGAACGUUCACGCAAUGCCCUCUUUCAUAUCCCUCCUUCGGGAUGGAUCCCUCGUUGCCAAACUCAACGUCGCCUCAAUCCUCAACGUUCUCUGCAAAGACGAGAAUCUACGGUCCAAAGUCCUCAUCGGAGGAUGCAUCCCGCCGUUGUUAUCCCUUCUGAAAUCUGAAUCCGUCGAUGCAAAGAAAGCUGCGUCCGCUGCCUUGUAUGAGGUUUCUUUCUGCGGGAUGAGAGAUGACAAUGUCGGUAGUAAGAUUUUCGUCACGGAAGGCGUGGUUCCGAGUUUGUGGGAUCAGCUGAAGAGGAAGAAAAACCACGAUAAGACCGUCGAAGGGCAUGUUCUUGGAGCUUUGAGCAAUCUCUGCAGCGAUAAAGAGCAGUUUUGGACGCAUACACUCGAAGAAGGAGGCGUAAACGUCGUAUUAAACCUUCUCCAAUCCAAAAACGCGGUUUCUCAGUCGAAUGCCGCGUCUUUGUUAGCUCGUCUGGUUAGGGUUUUCAACAGUAGCAUACCGAGAAUCAUAGAAUCGGGUACUAUCAAAGCCUUGCUUCAGCUUCUAGGCGAGGAGAACGACAUUUUCGUGCGUGCAAGCGUUAUAGACGCUCUUGAAGCGAUCACGUCGAAGUCGGAAGAAGCUAAGAAGGUAGUUCGAGAAUCGGACGGUAUCCGUCUCCUCAUUGGAGCUGUGGUUGCGCCGUCUAAAGUAUCGGUAGAUGAAGAAAUUGGUCGAGAUUUACAGCGUCAUGCCACACAGACUUUGGCAUAUUUGUGUGGAGGGUUGUCUGUCUUGAUAGUGUAUCUUGGGCAAUUAUCUCUGUCUCCACGUCUAGCCGAGCCCGUCGCCGAUAUUCUCGGCACCCUAGCUUACGCCCUAAGGAUCUUUGACCCAAGUUCUGAUCACGAAACAUUUGAUCCUACACAGAUAGAGGGUAUUCUCGUGAAUCUAUUGAAACCUCGGGAUACUAAGUUGAUCCAAGAACGUAUCUUGGAGGCUAUGACAAGUCUAUAUGGAAACAUCAAGAUCUCGGUAUCGCUGAAAAAUGCAGAUGAGAAGAGAGUAUUAGUCGGGAUCACGAUUCUCACCACCGCGGACCUACGAGAACGUAUGAUAACCUGUUUGUCACAACUAUGCAGACAAGGAGAUGUUUGGGAAGCAAUCGGAAAGAGAGAAGGGAUUCAAAUGUUUAUACCAUUUCUCGGGUUAUCCACUGAACAACAUCAAGAAUUUUCCGUCGAGUUUUUAGCGAUCUUGACUGAUAAGGUCGAUGAAAGCAGAUGGGCCAUAACUUCUGCGGGCGGAAUUCCUCCAUUGGUUCAGAUACUAAAGACUGGAGGAGUUUCUCAUAAGGCUAGAGAUGAUGCAGUUCGAAUUCUAUGGAACCUAUGCAGUCACAGCGAGGAAAUUCGUGUCUGUGUCGAGAAAGCCGGAGCUAUUCCAGCGUUCUUAUGGCUUCUGAAGAACGGCGGACCAAAAUCUCAAGAGACAUCAGCCAAGGCCCUAAUGAAACUUGUCAGCACAGCCGAUUCGUCCGUGAUAGAACAGGUUUUAGCUUUGUUUCUGGCGGAUACUUCGAAAUCAAAGGUCCAUUUGACUAGAGUUCUCGGCCACGUUCUUGCGUCAGCUUCUCUUGAGGACUUUGUUCAAAAGGGAUCUGCAGCUAAUAACGGGUUGCGAUCUCUUGUUCAGACACUCGCAUCAUCGAACGACAAGAUGAAGGAGAAUGCAGCCUCUGUCUUGGCUGAUUUGUUCAAUUCAAGACCAGAUCUCUGCAACUGUCUUGGCAUCGACGAGAGCGAGAAUCUCGGCUCGAAACUUCUCACAGGAAACACUCACGCCGUCGCAACACACUUAGCCCGAGCCUUGGGCUCGUUAUCCAACCCGACCAAGAAAAAGGCUCCGAAGAAGAAGCAGUAUCCCGCAGAAAGCGAAGUGAUCAAACCCAUAAUAAAAUCAGCUAAGAUAUCCCCGAUCGAGAUAGCAGAGAAUCCUAUCUCGACCCUCGCAGACCUUCUCUCGGAUCCAAACAUAGCGGCCGAAGCAUUAACAGAAGAUGUUGUCUCAGUCUUGACAAGAGUGUUAAGAGAAGGAAGUCUUCAGGGUAAGAGAAAUGCCUCACACGCUCUUCAUCAGUUGUUGAAGCAUUUCCAAGUUGGUGAUGUGUUUAAAGGGAAUGAUCAGUAUCGUUUCGCCGUUCCUGGACUGAUCGAUCUAUUAAACGCAACUGAUGUUGAUGUUAACAACAACACGUUCAUUGAGCUUUUGGAAGUAAUCUCGCUUUUGGCUCAAGCUAAAUAUGACGUUAAUCCUUUCUCAGCAUUUUCUGAUGUUCCCUCGAGUUUAGAUUCUCUUGUCCGUUGUGUCGGAGAAGGGCAUUCGUUGGUUCAAGACAAGGCGAUAGAGAUCCUGUCACGUUUCUGCAGGACACAACAUAUCCGGUUGGGCGAGCUGUUGGUCACGAGAUUGAAAUCGAUUUGUUCAUUGGCGAACAGGGUGACGAACUCACCAAACCCGGAAACCAGAGUUGGAGGAGCGGUAUUGCUCAUAUGCGCAGUGAAGAAUGACAAGAACCUGUCGGUAGAAGCUCUUGAUCGAUCAGGGAUUUUGAAAAGCCUUGUAUCCACAUUACUAGAUAUGGCAACAAAACAGAAUUUCCGAGGCGCUUCUUACACUAUUGAAGUCCAGAGACCGAGAUCUUUCUUACAUCGGAGCACAGGCGAGUCUGAGAUGUUUGAUCCAGUUUCUGUCCCAGGAAGUACAAUCGCCAUUUGGUUACUAUCUUGCAUUUGUUCUUGCUAUCCGAAGAACAGACUCGCCGUCAUCGAAGCCAAUGGACUCGAAAUGAUCUCCGAGAAGCUUCAAAGAUACACUUCAAAUAUCACGGAAUCAGCCCAAGAAACAGAAGGAAUAUGGAUCACAACGUCAUUACUGGCCAUAAUAUUUCAGGAACCGAUCACUGUCUCGUCUGCUGCAACGACACAACUUGUCCCAACUCUCGCCCGUUUGAUGAAAUCCGAUCAGAUCAUCGAGAGAUACUUCACCGCGCAAGCUUUGGUCGCCCUCGUGCGUAACAAGAACACAAGAACCAACACUGAAAUCGCGAAUUCAUACAUAGUGGACGGUCUGAUAAAUUCUGUUGGGUACUCAAAUUUGGAUAUGAAGAGCCUUGUCGCCUUAUCAGAAGAGCUCUGCCUCGAACAAAACCCUUGUGAAGUUGUUCUUAUGGAGCUUUUCGAAGAUGAAGGAAUAAGAGGCGGAUCAAUGGCGAAAAAAUAUAUUCCUAUAUUGGUCGAUCUCUUAAAACCAAAUGCAAAUAGACCUGAUGCCCCUCCUGUGGCAGUUCGGAUUCUAACUCGUAUUUCGGAUAAGAGUGAUCCAAACAAAGUACAAAUGGCCAAGGUUGGAGCUCUAGAUCUUUUAGCAAAGUACUUGUCUUUGAGCCCUCAAGAUUCAACCGAGAUCAUUGUAUCUGAACUUCUCGGAUCGCUAUUUCGAAACCUGGAAAUCACUCAGCAUGAAGCGGCCAUUAGCUCGAUGAGACAGCUCAUUGCAGUUCUACAUCUUGGGUCUAGAAGCUCUCGCUAUAGUGCAGCUAGAGCUCUUCGAGAGCUUUUCAAAUCUGAGCACAUAAGAGACUCUGAAUCUGCCUGGAAAGCAUUUCCAUCCCUCAUCGAUAUGUUAAACACGACCUCGGAGAUGGAGAGAGAAACCGCUCUCGGUACAUUGGUUACGUUAACUUCUGGGAAGGUUCCAAAAAUGGAUAUUCUAAACGGAUUCGAAGGAAACCCGUUGAAAAACGUUUACCAGAUCUUGUCCUCGAAUGGUUCAUCGCUUGAAUCGAAGACGACUGCUGCCAAGUUGUGUUACAUUAUAUUUGGGAACGACGGUUUCAGAACAAGGUCGUUGGCUACAGAUUGCAUGGAAUCUCUUAUAUCACUCAUUCAAUCCGGUAUUAAUGAUUCGGUCGAAGCUGGGAUAGUCGCGCUUGACAGAUUAAUGGAUGACAAAAACUCCGAACUAGCUGAAGGAUAUGAAUGUCUGAAUCUAUGUCUCGGAUUAGUCUCUGACGAAAACUACAAGAUCGGUGAGGCUGCCAUAUCUUGUCUCAUAAAGAUGGCAAAAGAUAAGACAUCGAGAAAAUUGGAUCUGGUUAAAUCAGGGAUAAUCGACAAAGCCCUUCAACAACUAUCUAGAUCUCCUCUGAAUUCGUUGUGUUCCAUAAUAGCCGAGCUUUUCCGGAUCCUAACAAACGUCGGCGUUGUAGCUAGGAGCCAAAGCGCGAUAAAAAUGGUGCAACCACUUCUCUCAAUUUUACUUAGACCAGACUUGAGCCUGGACGGUCAGCUCGGCGGUUUACAAGCCAUAACCAACAUCUUGGAAAAGCCGAAUGUUCUCGAUUCUUUGGACAUGGCAUCUGCAACCAUAGUUACACCUAUGGUACCGCUGCUUCAGUCAGAAUCCCUAGCGGUACAACAUGCGACGAUCGAACUCCUGACCCGCCUUCUUUUAGAACGGCGUUUUCAAGAAGAUAUUGUAACGAAGGAUUUCAUCGAUCCACUCGUGAAACUUUCGGGGAUCAGAAUAAGGACCUUGCAAGAAAUAGCAUUAAAGGGAUUACAGGCUUCAUCCAUUACAUGGCCAAAGGAAGUUGAAGAAGCCGGAGGAAUUCUCGAGCUCUCAAAGGUUAUAGCCGACGAAGAUCCUCAACUUCCGACUCAGCUGUGGGAAUCAGUGGCUUUUGUUCUCUGCAACAUCCUCAGAUCCAACCCAGAACAAUACUUCUUCAGAGUAACAUUACAUGUUCUUUCCAGGAUGUUGUUCUCAACAGUAGAGAGCACAGUGAUCGUAGCCCUGAAUGCGUUGAUCAUCCGGGAGAAGUUCGAAGCUUCGAGCGUAAUCACCAUGGCUGAAUCCGGAGCAAUCGAUGCAUUACUCGACUUGUUGAGAUCGCACCACUGCGAGGAUCUUUCUGGAAGAUUAGUCGAAAUGAUACUGAACAACCCUAAGGUGAGAGAGAUGAGAAUCUGCAAAUUCGUGAUGACACCCUUGUCCGAAUACCUUUUAGAUCAACAGACAACAUCAGAAUCGGCUAAGCUUCUGGUCGCGGUGGCUUUAGGGAACUUGGGUCAACACGAAGGACUGGCCAGAGCUACGGACUCGGCCUUUGCAUGUCGAGCAUUGAUCAGCUUGCUAGAGGACGUGUCGAGCCAGGAGAUACAAAUGGUGGCGAUCUGUGCAUUGCAGAACUUCGUGAUGCAUAGCCGAACGAAUCGAAAGGUUGUGGCUGAAGCUGGUGGAAUCAUGCUGGUUCAAGAAAUGCUCAUGUCCUGUAACCCGCAGGUUUCUGCUCAAGCGGCAUUGAUGAUCAAAUGUCUCUUCUCCAACCACACGCUUCAAGAGUACAUGUCUCAAGAUCUCGUCAAAUCUCUAACUGCGGCGCUUGAGAGAGAGUUCUGGACGACGGCGACGAUAAACGCGGAAGUGGUGAGGACGCUAAACGUGAUUCUGACGACGUUCCCGAAGCUCCGAUCAUCGGAAGCGACGACGAUGGCCAUCCCUCAUCUGAUCGGAGCCCUAAAAUCAGGAGACAAGGAGGCGAGAGAGGCAGCGCUCGACACGCUCUACACGUUGAGGCAGUCAUGGUCGAGCAUGUCGACGGAGACAGCGAGAUCUCAGGCGGUUCUAGCGGCGGAGGCGAUCCCGGUGCUGCAGAUGAUGAUGAAGUCUCGUCCUCAGGGCAGUUUCCGUCAGAGAGGGAAUAGCCUUUUGAACUGUUUACCUGGUACCUUGGUUGUCUCCAUCCAUCGAGGUGAUAAUCUCAAGAACUCCAUGGGUUCUACAAAUCCCUUCUGUAGAUUGACGAUCGACAACUGUCCCACCAAACAAACCCAGGUGGUAAGAGGAAGCAGUUCACCAGUUUGGAAGGAAUCAUUCACAUGGGACUUUGCUGUUCCUCCGAGUGGACACUUUCUCCACAUUCUGUGCAAAACCAAGAACCUCUUCCGCAAUAGAACUCUUGGAAGAGUAACGAUCCCCGUCGACAAGGUUCUGACCGAAGGAACGUACAGUGGAACCUUUAGCCUCGGUCAGGACAGCAGUAAAGACGGCCCUCGUAGAACUCUUGACGUUGAGAUUGUAUGGUCUAAUCAGAUGUUUUAGUCAAGAGGGGAAAGAGAAUUUUAUGUGAAAGAAGAUGUAAAACUCCUUGUAGCUCAUCAAUCAGCAAACUCUAAGACACUUUAUACUCAUGCUUUCUAUCACUACAGCGGGUUCUCUAGCAUUAAGACUUUAUAUUUUAUAUA